UGAUUCUCCACUUCCACAAAAAAUAAGAUCACAAAGUCUUGCUCAUUUCACAACGUAAACGCUCAUAGUUCAGGUUAAAUUUGUCUUCAGAAAGCGCAAUAAUGUCAGGCGAAAAUCCGUUUGCCCAAUUUGAAAAAUCCUUCAUUAAGGAUGGCACUGUCUACAAGUACUUUGAUCUUGCGUCCAUUGACAGCAAAUAUGAUCAGCUUCCCUUCUCCAUCCGUGUGCUAUUGGAGUCGGCGGUUCGCAAUUGCGACAACUUCCAUAUUCUAGAGAAGGACGUUCAAAGCAUACUCGGCUGGACGCCGGGCUUGAAGCAGGGCUCCAAUGAUGUAGAAGUGUCCUUCAAACCAGCCCGUGUUAUUCUGCAGGAUUUCACAGGCGUUCCUGCCGUUGUCGACUUUGCUGCGAUGCGAGAUGCUGUCCUGGAUUUGGGAGGUAAUCCCGAAAAAAUCAAUCCCAUUUGCCCCGCCGACUUGGUCAUUGAUCACUCGGUGCAAGUGGACUUUGCCCGCACGCCCGAUGCUCUGACCAAGAACCAAAACCUCGAAUUUGAACGUAACAAGGAGCGCUUCACUUUCCUCAAGUGGGGAGCUCGUGCCUUCAACAACAUGCUCAUUGUGCCACCUGGCUCAGGCAUUGUCCAUCAAGUGAACUUGGAGUACCUUGCCCGCGUCGUCUUCGAGAACGAUUCUACCGAUGGGAGCAAGAUACUGUAUCCCGAUAGUGUUGUUGGUACUGAUUCCCACACCACUAUGAUCAACGGCUUAGGCGUACUGGGCUGGGGUGUAGGUGGCAUUGAGGCUGAAGCUGUGAUGCUUGGCCAAUCCAUAUCGAUGCUUUUACCUGAAGUUAUUGGCUACAAACUGGUGGGCAAACUCAGCUCAUUGGCCACAUCCACGGAUUUGGUGCUGACCAUCACCAAGCACCUGCGACAACUGGGUGUUGUUGGCAAAUUCGUCGAGUUCUAUGGACCUGGUGUGGCUGAACUGAGCAUUGCCGAUCGUGCCACGAUUAGUAACAUGUGUCCCGAAUAUGGCGCCACAGUUGGCUACUUCCCCAUUGAUGAGAACACACUCGGAUACAUGAAGAAGACAAAUCGGUCUGAGAAGAAAAUCGACAUUAUUCGGGAGUACUUGAAGGCCACUCAACAAUUGCGCAACUACUCUGAGGAGGCUCAAGAUCCGAAGUUUACACAGAGCAUCACCUUGGACUUGUCGACCGUGGUUACCUCUGUUUCGGGACCCAAGAGACCACACGAUCGAGUCUCCGUUUCGAAUAUGCCCGAAGACUUCAAGUCCUGUCUGUCCAGCCCGGUCGGCUUCAAGGGAUUCGCUAUUGCGCCAGAGGCUUUAACGGCCAGCGGAGAGUUUCAGUGGGAUGAUGGCAAAACCUACAAACUUCAGCACGGCUCCGUGGUCAUUGCGGCAAUCACAUCUUGCACCAACACAUCAAAUCCCUCGGUGAUGCUGGGAGCUGGUCUUUUGGCUAAGAACGCUGUCGAAAAGGGUCUCAGCAUUUUACCGUACAUCAAGACAUCACUGUCGCCAGGGUCUGGUGUCGUCACCUACUACCUCAAAGAGUCUGGUGUCAUUCCAUAUUUGGAAAAGCUAGGCUUUGACAUUGUUGGCUACGGUUGCAUGACUUGCAUUGGAAACUCUGGACCCCUCGAGGAGAAUGUCGUAAACACCAUCGAAAAGAAUGGUUUGGUGUGUGCUGGCGUAUUAUCCGGCAAUCGCAAUUUCGAGGGUCGUAUUCAUCCCAACACUCGGGCUAAUUAUCUGGCGAGUCCCUUGCUGGUAAUUGCUUAUGCCAUUGCUGGACGCGUCGAUAUUGACUUUGAGACGGAGCCACUGGGCGUAGAUGCGAAUGGCAAGAACGUUUUCCUUCGUGACAUUUGGCCAUCUCGUACGGAAAUCCAAGAAGUGGAGAAUAAGCAUGUUAUUCCUGCCAUGUUCCAGGAAGUCUACAGUAAAAUCGAAUUGGGCUCACAGGAUUGGCAAACCCUUGAGGUGUCCGAUGGCAAGUUGUACCCAUGGAGUGCUGAUUCCACAUAUAUCAAGCGUCCGCCAUUCUUUGAGAAUAUGACUCGCACUUUGCCCAAACUGCAGAGCAUUGAAAACGCACGUUGUCUUUUGUUUUUGGGUGACUCUGUAACCACAGACCACAUCUCACCAGCUGGUUCUAUUGCCAGAAACUCGCCAGCUGCCCGUUUCCUCUCUGGACGCAAUUUGACUCCUCGAGACUUCAAUUCCUACGGCUCACGACGUGGCAAUGAUGCCAUCAUGGCACGCGGCACAUUUGCAAACAUUCGUUUGGUGAAUAAGCUUGUUUCUAAGACCGGACCUCGCACUCUGCACAUACCCAGCCAAGAAGAGCUGGACAUCUUCGAUGCCGCCGAGCGCUACCGUGGAGAUGGCACUCCAUUGGUGUUGGUGGUCGGAAAGGAUUACGGUAGUGGCAGCUCCCGCGAUUGGGCUGCUAAGGGUCCAUUCCUUCUGGGGGUGAAGGCAGUUAUUGCCGAAUCAUAUGAACGCAUUCAUCGUUCCAAUUUGGUCGGUAUGGGUAUUAUUCCCUUGCAAUUCCUGCCUGGUCAGAACGCGGAAACUCUCAAAUUGAAUGGUCGUGAGCUGUACAACAUAUCUUUGCCAGAGAGCGGCUUGAAGCCAGGCCAGAAAAUUCAAGUCGAAGCCGAUGGCACCGUUUUUGAGACUACCUUACGUUUCGACACGGAGGUCGAUAUUACAUAUUACCAGAAUGGCGGAAUUCUAAACUAUAUGAUUCGCAAGAUGCUUUCUUAAGUUGUUUUGUUUUUUGUUAAUAUUCAUAAAUUCCACUUGCAUUUUAAAUACUGUACAUUGUAGUCUUCUAAGUUUUCAAUGUGUGAUGGUGAUUUCCCUGCUGAAUCAAUAAAGUAAAUCGUUUAUUCCUUUAAUUAA